GUUCAAAAUGGUCGUGCCACUUUGCAAAAUAAUUUAUAACAAAAAAGCCCGACUGAAGAUUUAGUUGUACGACACACACUUGGAAUUUCAAUAGUCUAUGGCUAACGAGUGCAAUGAAGCAACUGGUAAAGGAAACUGCUCCUGAAAGUGAAGAGCAAAAAUAUAAGCAGAAAUGCAAGGAAUUGAAGAGGAGAAUAACCGAAGUUGAAGAGAGCAAUGAAAUAGCAACAAUUGCCUUGAUGAGAACAAAAGCAGCCACUAGGAGGUUGCGAUUAGAAUAUGCCAUUUUGUUAGAAAGAUUGGAAGAUAGAGCAACGCAGAUCCCUUCUGGGAUUGGAGGUUUUGAAGAAAUGGCUUCUCCUCCAACCCCCAGUGUAUUGGACGAAUCUUUGAAUGUUGCUCCAACCAGUACUAAAAGUGGACCAGCCAAGAAAGGUACCAAAAAAGUCAAGUUGGUUAGUUCAAAUACCGGGGAGAGUACUAAUGGCUCUUCUACUGUUAAGCAAAAAAUACGAGAUCCUGACAUGCCAAAGAGACCAACAAAUGCUUAUUUGAUAUUUUGUGAUAUGGAGAAGGAGAAAAUCAAGAAAGAAAAUGAAGAGAAAAAUCCUGGUGUUGUCAGUGAUCUUUCAAAGAGUAUGACGGAAGCAUGGAAAAGUUUAGAUGAAGAAGAAAAGAAACCAUAUUAUAAGCUAUAUAUUGAUGAUAAGGUAAGGUACGAAAAAGAGAUGGAAGUAUAUAAUCAGAAAAAACAAAAAGAUGAAGGGGACGGAAAACCCGUAUUAAAGGCUCAAAUAACGGAUACAGACACUCCAAUAGAUACCCCAGAACCUGUGGAUUCUAACGUUAAUGAUUUUGAUUCAUCGAUAGUUGAAAAUGAUCAUGAAGAAGACGGAGGAGUUGAAGAAGAAGAAGAAGUUGAGGAAGAAAUAGAAGACGAAGCUGAGGCUGAAGUUGAUGCAGAAGGUGAAGCAGAAACAGAAACCGAGCCUGUAGCUGAAACCAAUGAUACGUCAACCAUAGUGAACCAUGAAAAUGAAGAUAAGUCAGUUAAAGAUGAACCUACUGAGUAGAAUUAUUAGCAUUA